ACUGACUUAAAAUGUAGGGCGAUGGCAGACAGUGAUGAUGAAUAUGAUCGCAGAAGGAGAGACAAGUUCCGUCGUGAGAGGAGCGACAACUAUGACCGCUCCCGAGAGAGAGAGGACAGGCGUAGGGAUGACUGGAAUGACAGGUGAGGAAGAGGGAAUAGACUGUAUUCCCUCACCCCCAACAUGGGAAGUGACUGUUCGAAAUGAGAGAACAUUUCCAAUCCAUGUCAUGCGUGGUAUUUCACAUGUAUCUUUUUGGUUUUUCUGUUUACUGGCGCCCAUCUGCCAGGGAGUGGGACAGGGGCAGGGAGCGGCGUAGCCGGGGGGAGUAUCGGGACUACGAGAGGGGUCGCAGGGAGAGGUUCUCCCCACCCAGGCACGACAUGAGUCCCCAACAAAAACGCAUGAGGAGAGACUGGUGAGAAUCAAAUGAAUCUACAUCACUGUCUUUAAGUCUAAAAUGUUUGAGCUAAUCCUCCCUCUGUUUUGAUCAGGGAUGACCAUGGAGGAGAUCCCUACCAUGGGGGGUAUGACUUGGGCUACGGUGGUGGCGGAGGCCCCAGCUACGCCCCUCCACAGCCCUGGGGCCACCCUGACCUGCACCUCAUGCAGCCUCACCAUGGCAUCCCCAUCCAGGCAAGGUGAGGAGAGUAGACUGGGCACAACUAACCUGUUCAUGCAGAGAUGCCGUUAAGUCGUCUGUGGAAAGCAGAUUACCAUCAAAUGGCACCAUGUCCCUGACUGAAGCUGUGAUUGUUCCAGUGUUAAUUUUGUCAACCACAAUUAUGACUAAAAAUAUUUGUCAACUACCUAUUUUUCCUGACAAAAACUAUGAUGAUAACGAGUCCUGUAAAAAAACUGUGACAAGACGAAAAUUCCAUGUGAGACUAAUGGACAUUUAAUUUGACAUGAAUCUCCUUUUCUGUUUUGUCCAAUCCUAAACGUGCAUGCAUGCAUGCAGAAAAUGUCAUACAAUCCUCUCAUUGGCAGAAUUUACAUAUUUCAGUUGUGCGGUCUAAUUGAGCUGAUCUGCCUGGCUCUCAAAUCAGUUUAUUGGUCGCAUUUGCAGAUGUUAUUGCAGUUGCAGCGAAAUGCUUGUUUCUAGCUCCAACAGUGCAGUAAUACCUAGCAAUACAUAAUAAAUACACACAUAAUUAAGAAAUGUCAGAAUGAGCAACUUCAGAGACCGGAAUAUGAAUGUAUACAUAUAAUGUACACUGAAGAAAAAUAUAAAUGCAACAUGCAACAAUUUCAAAUAUUUUACAGAGUUACAGUUCAUAUAAGGAAAUCAGUCAAUUGUAAUAAAUUAAUUAGGUUCCUAAUCUAUGGAUUUCACGACUUGGAAUACAGACAUCUGUUGGUCAAAGAUACCUUUAAAAAAAAAAAAAGGGUUGUGGAUAAAAAUACCAGUCAGUAUCUGGUGUGACCACCAUUUGCCUCAUGCAGCACCACACAUCUCCUUCGCAUAGUUGAUCAGGCUGUUGAUUGUGGCCUGUGGAAUGUUGUCCCAAUUCAAUUGCUGUGCGAAGUUGCUGGAUAUUGGCGGGAACUGGAACACGCUGUCGUACACGUCGAUCCAGAGCAUCCCAAACAUGCUCAGUGGGUGACGUCUGCUAAGUAUGCAGGCCAUGGAAGAACUGGGACAUGUUCAGCUUCCAGGAAUUGUGUACAGAUCCUUGCGACAUGGGACCGUGCAUUACCAUGCUGAAACAUGAGGUGAUGGUGGCGGAUGAAUGGCACGACAAUGGGCCUCCAGGAUCUCAUCACGGUAUCUCUAUCCAUUCAAAUUGCCAUAGAUAAAAUGCAAUUGUGUUCGUUGUCCGUAGCUUAUGCCUGCCCAUACCAUAAACCCACCGCCACAAUGGGGCACUCUGUUCACAACAUCUACCAUCUGCCCGGUACAGUUGAAACCGGGAUUAUCUGUGAAAAGCACACUUCUCCAGCAUGCUAGUGGCCUUCAAAGGUGAACAUUUGCCCACUGAAGUCGGUUACGACGCCUAAUUUCAGUCCGGUCAAGACCCUGGUGAGGACGACGAGCACGCAGAUGAGCUUCCCUGAGACGGUUUCUGACAGUUUGUGCAGAAAUUCUUCGGUUGUAAAAACCCACAGUUUUAUCAGCUGUCUGGGUGGCUAAUCUCAGACGAUCCCGCAGGUGAAGCCGGAUGUGGAGGUCCUGGGCUGGCGUGGUUACACGUAGUCUGCGGUUGUGAGGCCGGUUGGAUGUACUGCCAAAUUCUCUAAACUGACGUUAGAGGCGGAGUAUGGUAAAGAAAUUAACAUUAAAUUAUCUGGCAACAGCUCUGGUGGACAUUCCUGCAGUCAGCAUGCCAAUUGCACGCUCCCUCUCAAUUUGAGACCCAAUCUGUGGCAUUGUGACACAACUGCACAUUUUAGUGGCCUUCUAUUGUCCCCAGCACAUGGUGCACCUGUGUAAUGAUCAUUUUGAUUAAUCCGCUUCUUGGAGAAAAUGCUCACUAACAGGGAUGUACACAAAUGUGUGGCCAAAAUGAAAUAAGCUUUUUGUGCAUAUGGGGACAUUUCUGGGAUCUUUUAUUUUAGCUCAUGAAACAUGGAACCAACACUUUACAUGUUGCGUUAUAUAUUUUUGUGUGUGUUAUACACUACCGCUCAGAAGUUUUAGAACACCUACUCAUUCAAGGGUUUUUCUUUAUUUUUACUAUUUUCUACAUUGUUAAACAAAUAUGUUAUAUUUGAGAUUCUUCAAAUAGCCACCCUUUGCCUUGAUGACAGCUUUGCAGACUCUUGGCAUUCUCUCAACCAGCUUCACCUGGAAUACUUUUCCAACAGUCUUGAAGGAGUUUCCACAUAUGCUGAGCACUUGUUGGCUGCUUUUCCUUCACUGUGCGGUCUGACUCAUCACAAACCAUCUCAAUUUGGUUGAGGUCGGGGGAUUGUGCAGGCCAGGUCAUCUGAUGCAGCACUCCAUCACUUCUUGGUAAGUGUGCCUUGAAUUUUAAAUAAAUCAGUGUCACCAGCAAAGCACCAUAACACCACCUCCUCCAUGCUUUACGGUGGGAAAUACACAUGCGGAGAUCAUCCGUUCACCCACACCGCGUCUCACAAAGACACAGCGGUUGGAACCAAAAAUCUCAAAUUUGGACUCCAGACCAAAGGACACAUUUCCACCGGUCUAAUGUCCAUUGCGUGUGUUUCUUGGCCCAAGCAGGUGUCUUCUUCUUAUUGGUGUCCUUUAGUAGUGUUUUCUUUGCAGCAAUUCGACCAUGAAGGCCUGUUUCACACUGUCCCCUCUGAGCAGUUGAUGUUGAGAUGUCUGUUACUUGAACUCUGUAAAGCAUUUAUUUGGGCUGCAAUUUCUGAGGCUGGUAACUCUAAUGAACUUAUCCUCUUCAGCAGAGGUAACUCUGGGUCUUCCAUUCCUGUGGCAGUCCUCAGGAGAGCCAGUUUCAUCAUAGCACUUGAUGGUUUUUGUGACUGCAUUUGAAGAAACUUUCAAAGUUCUUGAAAUUUUCCGUGUUGACUGACCUUCAUGUCUUAAAGUAAUGAUGGACUGUCGUUUCUCUUUGCUUAUUUGAGCUGUUCUUGCCAUAAUAUGGACUUGGUCUUUUACCAAAUAGGGUUAUCUUCUGUAUACCCUCUCCCACCUUGUCACAACACAACUGAUUGGCUCAAACGCAUUAAGAAGGAAAGAAAUACUACAAAUUAACUUUUAACAAGGCACACCUGUUAAUUGAAAUGAAUUCCAGGUGACUACCUCAUGAAGCUGGUUGAGAGAAUGCCUUGACAGCUUUGCACACUCUUGGUAAAGGGUGGCUAUUUGAAGAAUCUAAAAUGUAAUUUUUUUUGGUUACUACAUGAUUCCAUAUGUGUUAUUUCAUAGUUUUGAUGUCUUUGCUAUUAUUCUACAAUGUAAAAAUAAAGAAAAACCCUUGAAUGAGUAGGUGUUCUAAACUUUUGACUGGUAGUAUUUGUAUACGCCUGCAUGCGUGUGUGUGUGUGUGUGUGUGUGUGUGUAAAGACAGCAUAUUAAUAGAAAAGGUGAGUACAGCAGUAGUUAUCUAGGAUGAGCCAUGACUAGAAUACAGUAUUCUCCCACACAGCUCCCAGGUGGUCACUUCAGUCACUCGUCAAUAUUUUGAACUGAUGCGAAGCCAGGACACUUGAUUUGUAACUUACGUCAACUAGAAACAAUGUUUACUCUCUCUUCCAUGUAGGCAAUAUUUGCUUUGACCACAUCAGAAAUUAUGUUUUCCCAUGUGCGCUGUUAUUCAUUCCUCUGUGUUGCCGCUCCCGUGCUGCGGUCCGCAAAUGCAAAUUGAAUAUUAGGAGUAUAGUAAUACUUCUGGCGUUCAUGUAAAGCUCAUUCUCCCCUUUUCAAACCACUGUUAUUUACCCCAUUGACGGUUAUGAUGGGAAGGAAAUAUGAGCUGGUUACAAUCUGCCACAAUAUCAAUGUUGUCAGCUAAGGCAUAGGAGGGGAUAGUAUAGGCCUAGUUGGUCAAGGCUAUCUGAAUGUGCACAUGAUGGAAGUUAGAGGUAGCCUAAAUAUUCAUUAUUUAAUAUUAUGUGACCUAAAAUGUCGGACUAAAACUAGACAUUGUCCAGAGUUUUAGUCGAUAAUAACUAAAAUCUAACGAAGGAUGAUAUGACUAAAAGGUAUUUUAAGACUAAAUCUAAAAUGGCAGCCGAAACUAACACUGGACUGUUCCACCCAAAAUAUUAUCUUGCCCUUAGGUCAUCGUUAUUUCACUCUUCUUUUUUUUUACCCUGUCAUGUGUCUACUAGACUAGGUAACAUCCAUGAUAUGGAUCUGGGCCCGCCUCCUCCAGUGAUGAAGAGCUUUAAGGAGUUCUUGCUGUCCCUGGAUGACUCUGUGGAUGAGACUGAGGCAGUCAAACGUUACAAUGAGUACAAGAUAGACUUCCGACGGCAGCAGAUGCAGGACUUCUUCCUUGCUCACAAAGAUGAAGAGUGGUACGUUUAUCAUAGCCUUUGCUGAACUAUUAUUAGUAUUGAUAAUCAGUGUGCUAUGAAUUAGGCUGGCUACACUGACAACCCCUCUAUUCACAAAAAUUGUCUGUCAAAUAGAUCUGAUAGUUGAGAUUGGAGCCUUUCGUUAAUGGCUUGGUAAAGACAGUAGUUUGUGAAAGAUGUUAGGCCUAUACUUGACAGGGUGCAAUAUCAAGACAUAUAUGAGUUGAGUGUAAUUGAAAAAUGGUAUGGAUGAAUUGGUGUAUUUAAAAGAUCCUGGACAUACUUCAUUUUUUUCCCAAAACGGCUUUUAUCUGUUAUUGAAAGAGUUAAGCCUGCCCAAAAUACUAAGUAUUUUCUUAUCAUGCAUACCAUGCCACUUUUAGAUAAGAAUAUUAUGUUAUUACAAUGGGCGGGCACCUUCAUGGGUAUAGAUGUCAGUAAAUAGCCUAGCUAGUAAACAGGAUAUAAAGAUUUAGCGCUGAAGUCAGUCUGAUUGGAUUGUCAGUUGUCACAGUUCUAAAUAGAAUACAAUUGUCUAUGGUGCUAAUUAUAAUAUUUUCACCGGUGUGUCCAGGGAUCAUACAAUGUCAAUGCUGUUUUCUUAACUUAACCAAACCUCCUUCCUUCCCACUCCUCCCCUGCCCUUCACAACAAGGUUUUUGAAGACGAGAAAAACUGGAACCCCUCGCAGGAAUCGUUGUUAGACAGAUAGGGCUUGCACUGCGAACAAUGCAGUUGCUCUUAGACGUACAGUACCAGGGAUCCUAGCUAGACAGACAAAUAAACCACUUUGCGCGCAUGGAAAUAUUUUUUCUUUUCUUUAUGUGAUGCUUUUUUUCCCCCAUUUUGUUUUUAUAUUUGGAUCAAAUCGAAUCCCGAAAACGAAAUUGUGUGCACACAAACACAGUAGGGGGGUGAAGUGGAGCGCAUUUUUACAGAAGAGACCCCUCUCAGUAUUUAUGUGUGUUUUUAUACUGGGAGAAGAAAAGGUAAAUUUAGUCCACACCAUGGCAAAUUUGCCCUUCUGAACUGUUAUGUUCUUUUUCAAAUGUAUUUUAUGUGUCCCUUUUGCCUUUCUGCCUUAUUUUUGGUGAGUUGACCUAAAGCAUCCUGAUAUGUUUCACAAACAGCUAUACCCACACACAAACAUAACACCAUGCAAGCUUUGUGAAGAAUCUACAGUAGCACCUCAAACCUCAGAGAGCGCCUAGCAUUUUCAUGGGAGGAACCAAAAUGUUUCUUCAUAUGGUAGUCACUUGAGUAGGCCUAGAUAGUUGCAUUUAAUUGAUGGACAUGCUGUUUCCCCCCUAAUAAGACAUUGCAGGAUUCAGGAAGGUAAAAAAAAAAAAAAACAGGUGUCCUUAGUAUUUAUUUAUGUUUCAUUUGAUUUACUGUGUGGGUAUAGAACUGAAGUAGAUAGGGCCCAGUUCAGUGCUGUAGGCCAGUUUAUUUGGCCUGGCCAUGCAUACAAGUGCUUUCUUUAACAUUCCUCCACUCCAUCCCUGCCCGUCUCUCUCCCGUGCCUUUUUGGGGACAUUGUUGUGAACGCAGGUUCCGAUCCAAGUACCACCCGGAUGAGGCGGGCCGGCGGAAGGCUGAGUCCCACAGUGCCCUGCAGAACCGGCUGAAUGUCUACAUGUUCCUAAUGGAGAACGGCUGGUUCGACACUGUCUCCCUGGACAUAGAGAAGGCCCAGGCCAUCAUGAAGGUCUUGGAUGCAGGUAGAGUCGUGGGAGGGGUCUCUAAUGGCUUCAUUCAUCUCUCUCUUUGAUGUCAACCUUAGCUUUAAGCAGUGUCAGGAGGAGUGAAGUGUUUGUAUUUGUUGGUGAGUAUUAGUAACCUCAAGUUCUAUAUCCUAACCCGGUCCUUUCCUCUGUCCUUAAGCUGUGAUAAAGAUGGAGGGAGGGACAGAUUAUGACCUGCGCAUCCUGGAGCUGCCGUCUGAGGAGGAAGAGGAAAGAGAGCGAGCUGACAGGACGGCAGCUGGGGGUCCGGGAACUGAGCCCCCCAAAAAAGAGGAGCCCAAGGAUAAGGAUGUGGACAAUGACUGCAAACCCCCAGCUGACAAAGAGAAGGUAUGCUGUCUCUUGUCGUAACCACUUUUUCUUUGCCCUGGCCUGCACUACCCUUGCCCUUCAGAACAGGAAGUCCUCUUGUCAGCUGGUCAUUGAUUUAAGCUAACUCUGCCACAGGAGGAGAAUGAUGCCUGCAGCAUGGAGAAGGGUGCAAACGGUGGUGGUGAGGCAGGAGGGAGUGAGGGAGAAGAGAAAGAGGAGAAAGGAGAAAAAGAGACGAAAAGCAAAGAGGUUGUGCCUGAGCCUAAGAAGGUUAGUGUCUAGCACCCAUGUCUUAUUCGCUCUUUCUGUCUUUAGAAUGAAUGUGGUGCUCUUAAAGUGGCCGAAUGCUAGCUUGAGAUCUGUGAGAACGUUUGUGUAAUCUUGUAUUGAUGACAAUGGGAAAUUUGUACAGGACUUACAGACAGAUCUCAAGUUAGGAUUUGGGCUAAUUGAUAUGGAUCUAUUGACCCUUACCACCACCUAUUUUCCUUCCCGUGUGUGUUAGCUGAGUAAGAAGAGGAAGAGGAAGCACAGUGGAGACAGUGAAGAUGAGGCCAGUGCCUCUGAGAGUGACUCCGACUCGGACUCCAACUCCCAUCAUUCCUGUGAUAAACCUGCACAGAGGGAGGAGGGUGAGGAUGAGGAAGGGGAGGACAAGGAUGAAGAUGAGGAAGAAGAGGGUGAAGGUAAGCGAUAACAAGACCGCGAUGGGGUCACUGUAAAAAAAAAUAUAGUAUUCAAAUAUAUUUUUAAGAGUCUCUAGUAAUGACUUCUCUGCACCCCUCAAAUUGUGUAGCUGACAGAAAAAAAAGCAAAGAGGAGAAACCAAAGGAAAUGGCGAGAGAGAGGGAGAAGGAAGAGGAGAAGAAACCCAAGGAGGACCAGCCCCCGAGACCCCGGCCUCUCCACAGGACCUGCUCUCUUUUCAUGAGGAGCAUCGCCCCCACCAUCUCCAAGGCAGAGAUCAUAGCUGUGAGUUCAAUCAAUCUGACUGUACAAUCAUACUGAACACUUGAAUGGCCUGUCAGAAUUACACUCUGAAUUUCUGUAUGAAAAGUUACGUUGAUGCAAGGGACUCACUUAGAUACUCCUGUACCCACACACGCAAUGACUGUAGGCAUCCAAGAGGAAGAACUAACGUGUUGUUUCUGCCUCCUCAGCUGUGUCGGAGAUAUCCUGGGUUCAUGCGAGUGUGUUUGUCUGAUCCCCAACCAGAGCGCAGGUUAGUUCCACUUCCAUCUGACCAGACCAACAGCCUGACCCCCUCUGCUGCUCCAUGCUGCUAAUGGUCUAUAGUGGACUGUUAAAAAUUGAACUUCUGUCAUUCAUUUUUAUGUUUGUAUACCUCUAACCACCUCUCCAUCCAAUGUCAGGUUCUUCCGUCGCUGCUGGGUGACAUUUGACCGUAGUGUCAACAUCAAGGAGACCUGCUGGAACCUCCAGAACAUCAGAGUGAGUUUAACAACAUCUGUAAUCAAGACAAAAUUAGGUAGUUCUGGAACUGGAACCCGGUGAUGAGCAAGAUAUUGCACUUGAGUCACACAGCUGGUUAGUGAGUGCCUUCUGACCCUGUAUGUGCCCUCUCUGCUGUGUGUAGCUACGUGACUGUGAGCUGGCCCCGGGGGUGAACAGAGACCUGGCCCGGAGGGUCCGCAACGUCAAUGGUAUCACUCAGCACAAGCAGGUGCUGCGAAACGACAUCAAGCUGUCAGCCAAACUCAUCCACUCCCUGGACCACAGAGGCAGGCUGUGGAGCCACAAGGCCCGUGGAGAGGCAGUGUCUGCUGUGGAGGUACACACACAGAGAAAGCAAUUGGUGUUCUUUGCGAUACAUAUCAUGAGUUUCUUGGAUGUUUAAUAUUGUAUUGUGUGGUUGUGUCAGGUGGCGGCUCAGAACCCCAUCCUGAAGAACAUCACUGACUACCUGAUAGAGGAGGUGAGCGCUGAGGAGGAGGAGCUACUGGGCAGUGUGGGCGGAGCUGACGCAGAGGAGGGCACCAAGGAGGGCUACCCAGCAGAGAUCACUGUGGAAAGGGACGACAAGCUGGUCAAGGUCCGGCCAUCUGCCUUGGCUCACACUCAGAUACACAGCAGCUUUACACGCUCUUUUUAGGCAGUGAACUGCGUGGGUUUUGUCUGAAGCUUAAGUACAGGUAGUCAAAUGGUAAAAUAAAAAGGACAAAGUAAAUUGUCUAAACAGUUGACUUGAUUUUCUUCAUGUCUUCCCAGGUGUUGGACCGUCUUCUGUUGUACCUGCGUAUUGUCCAUUCCAUUGACUACUACAACAACUGCGAGUACCCCAGCGAGGAUGAGAUGCCCAACCGCUGUGGCAUGAUCCAUGUGCGCGGGCCCAUCCCUCCCAAUCGCAUCGCACACGGGGAAGGUGAGCAGCACACUACUGUAUAUUCAACACUGGCUGGGCAUCAUACACUGACACGCUAUUGACUGACUGUCUCCCCCUGUCAUGCCCCCAGUGUUGGAGUGGCAGAAGACAUUUGAGGAGAGGCUGAGCCCCCUGUUCAGUGUGAAGGAGAAGCUAUCGGAGGAGGAGGCAGGCAAGAUGGGCCGGAAGGAUCCGGAGCAGGAGGUGGAGAAGUUUGUGUUGGCCAACACCCAGGAGCUGGGCAAGGACAAGUGGCUCUGCCCCCUCAGUGGCAAGAAGUUCAAGGUGUGUGUUUGUGUGUCUGUCUGUGUUUGUGUUUGUGUGUCUGUCUGUAUUAGGAUGGAAGUAAAUAUUGGAAACAUAAAGAGUAUUGAGCAUGUACUGGUCUUUAUCUCCCUUGCCAUGGUGUUGUGCAGAUUAAAAUGUGAAUUAAUUGGUUCCCUCUGCCUGGCCAGGGCCCAGAGUUUGUGCGCAAGCACAUCCUGAACAAACACGGGGACAAAAUUGAGGAGGUGAAAAGGGAGGUGGUGUUUUUCAACAACUUCCUGAUGGAUGCCAAGCGACCUUCACUCCCAGAGAUGAAACCCCCUCCUCCGCUCGGCCCAGGACAAGGUGAGGGACACGUUGCACAUAGAAAUAUAAUCAAUAGAGCUGACACGAUUCCCUGUUCUCUCUGACAGACAGUCAUAUCUGUUCUACACCAUCCCAUUUUUAUUUUAACGUUCUGUAACGUUACUUCUUCCUGAACAGGCCCUCGGAUAUCAAAUGCUUCUGAAUAGUUUAGGUGUAGGUGAUGCUGUAUCAUUGAAUCUUUUGUGUAUAUUAUUUUCCCACUGACUUUCUGUCAUUGUCUCUCCAUCUUUCUGUAGGUGUUCUGUCUCCAGGCAUGCCCUUCCCUCCUCAGGGCCUCAUGGGCUUCGGGCCCGGUCAGCCUCGUCCUCCUGUCAUGGGUUACGGAGGUGAGCCUCUACCUCCUCACCUCCUGUCAUAUUAUCAAUCACAUUGAUUGAUUAAGUCCUUUUUACAUCAGCGCUUGUCCUGAGACAUUUUGUACAAAGGCAGUUUACAACUAUGUAAUUAAUUUGGUUGCAGCUCUCAGGUGUUCUGACAUGACACAUACUGUACCUUUCUCUUCAAGGUGGACCUCCUUACCCACCAAACCAGUACGGAGGCGGCCGGGGUAACUAUGACAACUUCCGUGGACAGGGUGGUGGCUACCCUGGUAAACCCCGCAACAACAGGUGAGACCUUGGUCAGUUAUGGACAAACAUAGCACAACUUGCUUCUCCUUUUCUGCUAAUGACUUAUUUGCAUUUAGAAACCUCAUUUUUCUUUCACUCUUUCCCAUAUCUAUGCUGUUUCCCUCCGCUCGGCAUCCUGUCUGUUUCCUUUAGAAUGUCCCGGGGAGAUCCACGCAACAUCAUUGAAUAUCGUGACCUGGAUGCACCUGAUGACAUCGACUUCUUCUAGACUAUUCAUUUUAUUAUAAUAUUUUCUUUAUGUUUCUAAUCAUUGUGUAGUUUCCCUGUCUCAUCCCCUUAUGUAAAGUGAUGAUUCAGCAUUUUUAUUUUUUUCAAUGUCUGCAGAGCACAGGCUCAGUGCAAUUGGAACAAACUUGAAUUGUAAGAAAAUGUCCUCAAUAAAAACUAAAAAAUUACAAAUAUAUA